AUGGAGCUGAACCAGACAUCCCCACCUCCCACAUCACCCGUGCCAGAAACUGAUGGAGACAACCAGUGCAGGGUAGAAGUCACCGACGUGGCCAUAGAUGGUGUCACGCUGCUCAUCUGCCUCUGCGGGCUGGUGGGGAACGGGACCGUCCUCUGGCUCCUCGGCUUCCACAUCCGCAGGAACCCCUUCACCGUCUACAUCCUCAACCUGGCCGUCGCCGACUUCACCUUCCUCCUCUUCAUGGUCACCUCAGCCCUCCUCUACAUGAUGGACAACAUCUGCUCCACUGUGGUGUCCAUGAGGUACCUGAGGUCUCUUUUCCUCCUCUCACUCUUUUCCUACAACAUGGGCUUGUAUCUCCUGACGGCCAUCAGCAUCGAGAGGUGUGUGUCCAUCCUCUGCCCACUCUGGUACCGCUGCCGCCGUCCCCCGUGCUUGUCAUCCGUGGUGUGUGCCCUGCUCUGGGCCCUCUCCAUCGCUGUCAUUGCUGCAGUGACUUCUCUGUGCCUGCUGCACGAGCACGAGCACUGCCGGGUGGCUCUCAUCUCCAUGUACGUCCUCAACUUCCUCAUCUUUGCCCCACCCAUGGUCAUUUCCAAUGUGAUCCUGUUCUUUAAGGUUCUGUGUGGCUCCAAACAACGUCAACCCAGGAGGCUCUACAUUGUUAUCUUCCUCACUGUCCUUUACUUCCUCAUCUUUGGGGUUCCUCUCAGCAUCUGGAAUUUCCUGCAGCAGUUCAGCUAUGAUGUCCUGUCCUCCCAGGUUGUUUUCCUGCUCGCCUGCAUCAACAGCAGCAUCAACCCCUUCAUCUACUUCUUGGUGGGGAGCUGUCGGAGGCACUGCUCCUUGGUACCCCUCCAGGUCGCCUUCCGGAGGGUCUUUGAAGAGACGGUGGUCACUGUGAUCUCCAGCUAA